AUGCCUAUUUUGAUUUUAAUUUGCUUAUUGGAUGCAUGUUUAAGUUAAAAAAAAGAUUAAUAAUACUUUGAAGUGACUGGAUUACAAAAUUUUGACAUUAAAGACAUUUUCCCUCAGAAUGUUUCUGAUAAAUAAAAGCUUACGCUUACCCUUACUUAUAAAGAUGGAGAAGUUCCAAUUUUAAUAAUUUGUGAAGAUUAGCCAAAAAAUAAUACAUUGACUAAUUAUGAGACAAUUUAAGAUUAUAAUUGUAUGAGCGAUAUAAAUGCUUAUGAAUAAAAGUUCUAAAUAUAAUCAAUUUCUUUAACAAAGAAUGUAAAAUCCUAAGCAUUUUAAAAACAUUUUAAUAUUUAUUAAAUUGAAAAUUAGAACAUGUUUGUUGGAGCAUACUCAAAAUCCCAAUAAAAAUAUUUAAUGUCUGCUAUUUUAUAAUCAUUAUAUAAUUGUGGAAAAGAUUGUAAAAAUGGAGGAAGUUGUUUUUAUGGAAUAUGUGAAUGCUUAGAAGGGACUUUUGGCGAUGAUUGUAGUAUAGCAGCCAUAGACAUUAAUGAUUAAGUGAAAUUGUCUCCAGAUAAAUUAUAUUAUUUGAGCUUGUCCUCAAUAGGAACAACAUUCUAAAGAAUUUUAUCAAAUCAGAUACCUUUAAAGUAAAAAUAUUAUGCAGAAAAGCCCUAUAUAGAAGAAGGCUCCCUAUUAAUAACGAAUCUACUUUAAUUAAACUAUGAUUAAAUUUACAAUUGUAGAAAUCUAACAAAAGCAUUAUAAGAUGAAAUUAAAAUCAAAUAAGAUGCUUACUUCACUUUUAAAAUCUAUAGCUAAUAUGAUGUGAACAUUCUUAUAAACAAUAACUAGGAUAAUGGGUUAUAAAGUAUAAUGAUGAUGAUAUUUAUUCCACUUAGUGUGAUAUUCUUUCUCCUCUUUGCUUGCUGUUGUGUGAAAUUUUACAAAAAAAAACUAGAAUUGAUUUAAAAUGAAAAAAAAGUAGAGAAAGAUGCUGAAACAAGCAUUCUAAAUUUAUAUCUUCCAACUCUUAAAUACUCCUAAGCUAAGGAAAUAAUUUAAGAGGAAAUUAGUGAAUAGGAAUCGUACUGUUCAAUAUGUUUAGAAAUAUUCACUUUAGAGAAUGAUGUUAAGAUGGCUUAUUGCAAACAUAUUUACCAUUCAUAAUGCUUGUAAUUGUGGAUGAAGAAAAUCAAAAUAUGUCCUUUAUGUAGAGCACCUUUAGAUGAGAAAACUCUGUCUUCAAUGAUUCCUCUUAAAUCUUAGACAUUAAUAGAAUAAAUCUCUAGUAAAUCACAAUUAGGUAACAAUAAACAGACUAUAAUAUCCUUAAAUUCAUUAUCUCGUCUAAAUGGACCCAAUACUCAAAAUGCUUUUUAACAUUUAAAUUAUCAAAGAAGUUUGGUGUUGGUAGAAUGA